AUGAGCCUCUUGAAUACAACUUCAAUCAGACCCCGUGGAUCCGAACCCUUAAAACUUUAUGUGGUAUUCGGAUUCCUUGUUACUGUGUUCGCUUCUAAUUCCAAAGGUAAGUACGUUUACGAAUAUAUAAUCUUCAAAAAUUAAACAUCGAAAUUAACUAAUAAUUGGAUGGAUUUUUCUGAAGUGAAAACUCGUCACAUAAAGGUCAGGCAACAGUGAGUUAGCAUCAUUGGAUCCUCCAAGUCGUAAUAGAAAUAAUACUUUAUUCAUACCAAGCCUUUAAAGUUUUAAACUGAGCUGUUUUCUUAAACACGAUUUAAAUGGCUUUUCCUCCUAGAAGCUGUUAAACCAAUGCUGGUCGACUUCAAAUAUACAAGUUAGUGAAUAAUUGAAUCCGGCUGGGAAAAAUUUCAGUUUUCAGUUCUCCGUUUCUGAUUUACAUUCAGGUAAACCCGGUUGAACUAAAUACGCUUUGCCGCUAUGAAUGUAUUAGGUCACAGAAGUUCAAAGGUUACUCAUUUUGGCUGAGUAAGCUUACAUUCAUACUUGCUGUCACGUUAAACCAGUUUCAGAAACUGGAGACCAAUCAGUAUCGACACAGAGCAUUACAGAAUUUAAUGUUGGUACAUGUUGGUAAUCAAGUGAGACUAUCAAGGCCCACUCGCAAUCAAUUUUCUUUGCUUUUGAUGCGCAGGAGAAUGAAAUGAAGACCCCAAAAACUUAGUACUUGAUGUGUGGUUCUCCGCCGCAGUUACUCAUUUCUCUAAGGGUGAUAUGUAUGUCUGAUCUCCCGUUUUUCUGCCCGUUUGCUGGAUAGCGUAUUCAUAUUGCUGAUAGAGGUUCCAUAUUAAGCCCUAAUUAAAAGCAUGGUAUUCAAGAAAAGUUACCAAAAUAAUUCGUUAUUCUUGAUUACUUCUUGCUCACCUCAAAGACGACGAUGUCGACCCUCCGAUGUUGCCAUUCCCUCUUCCCAGACGUACACCAGGGUUCGUUUUCAAUGGUGGAAAAUCUAACGCGCAGGAGAAUGAAAUGAAGACCCCAAAAACUUAGUACUUGAUGUGUGGUUCUCCGCCGCAGUUACUCAUUUCUCUAAGGGUGAUAUGUAUGUCUGAUCUCCCGUUUUUCUGCCCGUUUGCUGGAUAGCGUAUUCAUAUUGCUGAUAGAGGUUCCAUAUUAAGCCCUAAUUAAAAGCAUGGUAUUCAAGAAAAGUUACCAAAAUAAUUCGUUAUUCUUGAUUACUUCUUGCUCACCUCAAAGACGACGAUGUCGACCCUCCGAUGUUGCCAUUCCCUCUUCCCAGACGUACACCAGGGUUCGUUUUCAAUGGUGGAAAAUCUAACGCUGCGAUUCACUUAUCAGCAUUUCUUGAUCUCACUUGUGCUGACUCGAAGCGAGUUUGGCCUAUGAUUAAGAAACUUGCCAACAAGUAUGGACCAACAAAGAUUCGUCUGACAGUUCAUUUCUUCGCCCUCGCGUACUUUGACAACGCCUUCAGGGCUUUAAAGGUAACAUUAGACAGCGUCGAGGUCUUCCAUAUUUUGCCUUUACGUCCAAAGGCUUCGGAAAUUUGUUUGCAAACGCCCUCUUCAAGGGUACGCUAUUUGAAAUUUCGAGAUGAUCACAUAGAAACCUCGCGACAGUCACUAGAUUUCUGAGCAGCGCUUCCACUUGGCUACAUAAACUUCAAUUUCACAAGUCAACUUCGUUGGCCUUUCAACCGUUACUAUAGCUUCCCCUACCCCUACCCCUUACCCUGUAUUAAGUAUUAGGGAUUCUUUGGCAUCUUUUUUCUUCCUUAUUCCCCUUUAGUACCGUGAUUCCUUUUAUAGAGCCUAAUAUUUGCAACCAUCAGUUUGUAUUAACUCCAAAGAGGCGUGGUCAUAAUGGGAAAGGGAGGGGCUGGAAGGAAUGAGAGAAAAAAUUGAACUUUUAAACGCGUCUUUAAAGUAAUUCCCGGUUUUACACAAGACAGUUCAUUGAGCAUAACACUGAGUGCUAUGUCGAAAUUUGUCGGUUAGGUCGCCAUUUUUCAAGCUUCAAGUCAAGUAGGUCUUGCUUCAACUUUGACAUGGCAUGCACCCUGUUUACACUUUAUUUCACAGAGUGUGUUCACAGUGGCAGCCUACAAUUCGUCUUUACUGUUCCCAUGGGUGGAUGAUGUUUUCAAAAACCAAGAUCAGCUCAAGAAUUCGGCGAGGACCUGGACAAUGAGCCCAGAGGAUAUUGUACAGUAAGAGAUCAGUCAAGCAAGUGUAUUUCCACGAGUUUGUUUUCGGCUUUUAAGAGCAUUCGGUGUCCAUUCCCCUUGGUAAAAACAAAAUGUCUCUUAGGAUGCAGGAGUGAAAGAAGAAGUCCACCGAUGAUGAUGUUGACUAGCGUCUUGCUAAAGAAUACAAGAGGGCCCUUCUCAUUGACAAAGAGAAAGUCGUCCGCACUUUAUGACCCCAACUCUCUUCCCCCCCCCCUUCCGCUCCUGUUGAAAUUGUAAUUGACUAAACGGUAUCAAUAACCGUCUCGUUUUGAUAACUCGAUUAUGUUUUGUGCCUCACAACAUAUAUGUUCAUUGUAUCCUUCUAUCAGUUUAAGAUGAAAACUUGUGUUAUUCAAAUUGCUAGAGUUAUCACGCAGAUGGCAAAAAGAACUGGCAUUCUCUCAAGGGUGAUGAGUGACGGACUAAGAAGUCAUGACAUCGAGUCCGAGGCACGCAUGGCUUGGAAAUUCGCUUGUUCUAGUAAGCUAAUUAGGUGAAGAGCCCCCUUAAGGGGUAGUAAAACAUCAGGUGCGGUUACAAGAAAAACUUUACCUGUGGUAGAUGACCCUUUUAACAUACGAAACUGCAUUAACUGAGCAUGACGAACAUUUCCCGAGAUAACUUUGCUGCUAUUAAUAUAUAUACACAUCUGCAGCCGGGUUUGAGACUCUUUACCCUUCGGCGCGCGAUUUCGUUGUCGAUUUUAUUGUGUACGGUCGCAAGCAAAUACAGCAGGGGGAAAAAACAAAGAGCAAUAGUGCUCAGCUAUCUAUUGCUGGGAAUUUACAGUUCACAAGAUCAGGCAUCAUGGGUAAGUUUCUACGUGUAUUUUCCAGAGAGGCAGUGAUGGGAACACCUACGUUCUUUUUAAAUGACGUAUUUAUUGGAGUUGAUGCCUCAUCAAACUGGGGUGAAAAACAAUGGAAUGGGAUGAUUGACAAAAUUUUGACGUAA